UAGUGGGAGAAAAGGAGUAAUAAAGCAUUCUCGAUUACGAAAGAUAGCCUACUCUUCUUCUCCUCUCCGGAUUGGAAGUUGCUGACCAUUUUAUUAAAACUUGCGGCUAUCAAGAGCUCAGUGAUCAAAUCUCUUCGCCAUGGACGUGAAGCAAGUUCUCUGCAUGAGCAAAGGAGACGGAGAACAUAGCUACGCUCGUACCUCCACCCAUACGCAAAAGAUUGCGUCUUUGGCAAAGCCCACGAUAGCGAGCGCAGUUGAUUCUCUGCUCGAGGAAGGUUUCUUCCCGUGCCAGCACCUGAAUGUGGUCGAUUUAGGCUGCGCUUCGGGUCCUAGCGUGGUGACCUUCAUGUCGGCCGUCAUCGAGAGUGUGCGGGAGAAGUGCGCACGCUCGAACCGCCCGACGCCCGAAUUCCAAUUUUAUCUGAACGAUCUUCCCGGGAACGAUUUCAACACGCUGUUCAAAAGCUUGUCCAACUUCUCGCAAGACUACGAAAGCUUGUCGUGCUUCGUAAUGGGGGCUCCGGGAUCUUUCCAUGGAAGGCUCUUCCCUAGCAACUGCUUGCACCUCGCUCAUUCCUCCUAUAGCGUCCAUUGGCUAUCUCAGGUCCCGAAUCUCACGAGCGAAGAAGGCUCCCCGUUGAACAAGGGAAGGAUCUACAUCUCGGAGACCAGCCCCCGCGUGGUGAAGGAGGCCUACUUGGCUCAGUUCCGAGCAGAUUUCUCGACAUUUCUGAAGUCCCGCGGCAAAGAGAUGGUCGAUAAUGGUCGCCUCGUGCUAAUACUCAACGGGAGGGAAGAUAAGGACUUUGCGAGCCUAGACGGCUACUUCAUUUGGGAAAAACUUGGAGAGGCAAUCGCGGAUUUGGUUUCAGAGGGUUUCGUCGAGGAAGAGAAGCUGGACACCUUAAACGUGCCGUACUACACGGCAUCUUCAGAGGAAGUUCGAGGCAUAGUCGAUGAAGAAGGGUCCUUCCGGAUCGAACACAUAGAGAUAAUGAAGAUCGACAGAGCCUCGCCGGGCGAGGAUCCUCAUAGCAGAGGAAGGAAGGCGGCUUCUCAUGCCAGAUCCUUCACCGGUUCCAUAAUCUCGCACCAUCUUGGCGAGGGGAUCAUGGACAAGCUCUAUGGCGAGAAGCUUCCCAUUCUCAUAGGUGAUGAUUUGGCUAAGGAAAGGAGGAUGGGAGUGAGCAUAGUUGUUGUGCUCAAAAAGCACGUCCCAUGACUCAGUGUUGGUCUCCGUUACCAAGU